CAGCAGAGGCCGGGUGUCAUUCGAUAAAUAAUAUGUUACGAGCUCUACAGGAUGAAACUCACAGAACCUUCUUCCAAUCGCUAGGAGCAUUUGAAGUUAUAAGUACAGCAGCAACGUUUACUGGAUGCACGGUAGCCAUAAUAGCCAUGUUACACCAGCAACCCUUAGCUAUGUUAGUCGCGGGAUUUACCAUGCUAUUUUCAGGUCUCUUUAUGCUGGUGGGGCAUCUGAUGAUGUUGACAGCCCACCAAGAAACGGGCGACAUGGACAACGUAUCCCUCUUCAAGGACGUCUCCUCGUCCCGCUACGGUUGGUCCUUCGUGGUCGCCUGGAUAUCCUUCAUCCUGUGCGUCACGGCCGGCAUCACCGACUUCCUCGUCUACCGCAACUUCCGGAAGAUCACGGAUGAGCUUCACAACACGCCCUCUCGCGUCAAGUACAUGCAAAGACAAACACCCGUCAACAUCGGUCCAACGAUAUGAAAUGUUACACCAGAAUAUUCGUUGUUUAUAUAGGAAUGUAGAGCCAUGCAUGGUCGGUAUUUUUUAUGAGAUAGGCCGACCUUUGUAUUUUUUAUAAAAUCAGAUUGACCCAAACGAUUCUCAUGGUAAUUGAGAGAUACCAUGAUCUUGUGCAAACAAUCCUUUUUGAAUAUGGAUUAUGUGCAAAGUUUUUUAUGAGAAAUUUUGUGUAUAUAUGAUAUUGAAUCUCUGAAAACAUAAUUAUCUUCGAUAAAGACGCCAUAUAACUUGAGGAAGAGCAGCAUUUUUUAGUUUAUGAAAUGAAAGGAGAUGGUUAACAAAUAAAUAUUGCUUGAAGGAUACUGAAUAUAUGAAUUGAAAUAUUUUUUUAAGACAUUAAAUGUAGAAAUCGUUCAGACUGUAGAGUAAAGUAUUAAUGAUUUUAGAUAAGGGUUUUCUUUAAAAAGCAAUCUAAGUCCUCACUGAGUGUUGGUGGUUUAUUGUGAUACAGGUUGACCGGAUAGUGAGACUGAAACUUAAGUGCCUUACCAUAAGUUACUGGGCAAAUUAAAACAUGAAAGAAUAUGGAUGUCAGAAUAAAAAUUUAUUCAAUAUAAUUAUUAUUUGGGGACCUUUCUAAAUAUAAAUAUUUGGGGGGACCUUCCUAAUAAUAACAUAAAUCCCCCAGAAAAAAACACUUUGCACGCUAAACUCUAUACCCCCGCUCCAUAUGCUCAUAUCGAAACGGAAUAUGUUGGUAUCAUAAAUCAUAAUUCAAAUAGAUAUAUUCAAAUAGUAUAUGCAUGCAGGAAGAUGAAGCUGAACGUAAUCCCUUAAAAAUAUGUGAUUGUCAAAACCAGUUUCCCAAGCUUGAAGGUGUUGGUAUGGUUGGCUAUAGUAACGAUUAAUAAUAAUAGGCAUUUUAUAUAGCGCCAUCUAUCUAGAAAUAAUCUAUUCCGAGGCACAGUGUU